AUGGCACUUCCGAGUUCCAUGGAUUUGGUGACGUCCACGCCUCCACAUCGGAAGGCCAGCCUUUUCGGAGCGCCCCGACCAAGCCGAGCAAGCCGACGUCCAAAGACAUGUCCAAAGCCAUGGCACUGGUGGGUUCUGAGUUGCUGUUCGUUCGGCGCGAAGCCUUUCGUUCGGCGCUUCUUUGGACGCUUCGGUCGAGGAACUGUGGGAAGAUUCGGUCGAGUUGGAUUGGCCUCGUCACCCAUCACUGAGCUUUUAGUGGAUGCGGAUUCACACAGCAUUGCAGAAAUUCAGCAAGCUGUCAGCUGUUUGAAAGAAAUGGAUGGUGAGGUUCACACCAGUGUUUUUGCCGAACCAGGUCGAGCCAAGAACAGGAAGUGGAGUGAACUUCUGAACCAGCCUGGCAUCACAUUCCGGCCAGUUCUCCGGUCAAGCGAUUGCUCGACGGAGCCCAAUGAUAAGGCUAUUCAAUGCGCCAUGCAGGAACUGUCCACACGUCGUGGAGUGCACCGAAUUGCAUUGUUGACUGGAGAUGCAGAUUUUAUUGCUACUAUUCUGACUCUUGAAGCCACAGUGUCUAAGUAUUUGGUGCUUGUCCCUGAGUACAGAAGCUCUGUGGUGGCCGCAUAUCAGGAGAAUGGAUAUUGGAGGUCUUGA